GCAUGCCCUAGAUAAAUAGAAUUCAAAUGCAUUGUAUGAUUUAGAAAAUUCGUAACUUAACUGGAUUUUGCCGUACACUUUUUUUCGUCUCUGCAGAAGAUGAUAAAAUUAACAAACAGUUGAGUUUACCUUGAUAUGGUCCACUCAGGUACACAGUUUAAAUAACCAAUUAUUGUCAGGUAUCUAUUGUCCAUCUAAUGUCCAUGUCAAUUAAAAAUGCUCACUUUAAUUUUUACCUGUGGGGAAGUUCUCAAACCAGUUUCCCAACUUAGUUUAUUUUGGCACCUUCUGUAGGAAUGAAAAAAAGUGCACAGCAAAAUCCUGUUACAGAUUUGCCUUGACUUCAAAUGUAUUCCAUGCAAGCACUCUCAGUACAGCAUUUAGCUUGCAUAAUGAUCUAAGCGUAACACGAAAAUGUUUUGCUGUGCAAUAUGAUGCAAGAAUUCUACAACUAAUGAUAAGCCACAACAAUCAAUAAUUUUUUUCACGCUCAUGGAUUCACUGUGCUGUAUUAAGGAAGCUGAGCUAAGAUGUAUCCGAGUAAUUAGCAGGAGAAAAGAACUACACAAGGAUACCUGGAGGGUUGAAUAAGCCAUCAGUAAAUACUGUUUAAGUGUAAGAUUGGAAAUCAAUGGUGUAACUUAGAAGUAAUGCAGAAUGGUAUCAGAAUGGAUUGCAUGCCUUGAUAAAAGACCAUUAGAUAGAACUGGUGAAGAUGUAGACAUUAUUUUCUCCAAGCUGAAAAGUAUUCCAGCAUUUGAAAAAUUCCAGUCAUCCCUGCUUCAAGAAAUAUGUUGCUAUGGUUACUACGAGGACCUUGACAAAGGAGUUACAUUGUUUAGACAAGGAGAUAUAGGAACAAACUGGUACAUGGUGUUGUCUGGAAGUGUUGAAGUUCUCUUUUCCUCUUCUGGUCAUCCAAGGGAUGAGGUAACAUUAUGCACUUUUGGUGUAGGUAUAUCAUUUGGAGAGUCUAUUCUGACAAACCAACCAAGACAGGCAACAGUUGUCACUAAAGAAUUUACAGAACUUGUUAGAAUUGAGCAGAAGGAUUUUAGGAUACUCUGGGAGAGAAAUAAAACAUUAUUAGAAGGUGUGAUCACACCACUAAGUUCACUUACAAGGACAAAUCCUCACAAACAUCAGUAUGAAUUGUCACCACAGAUACCAAGGUCAAGGAAAGGUAGUAGUUCAAACUUGGAGGAUAAACACAGCAGUCCAGCCUCACCCAUCACUACUAUGCCAUCACAGAAACUUUCCAGAGCAGCCAACAUUUUACGUGCGAUGAUACUCUCAAGAGCUCCUCACAUGAUACGUGACAGGAAAUACCAUUUACGAACAUAUCGCAGAUGCAUGGUGGGUACAGAAAUGGUUGAUUGGUUGUUACAGCAAAGUACUCUGGUGUAUUCUCGUAACCAAGCAGUUGGGAUAUGGCAAGCCCUACUUGAAGAAGGAUUAGUUGUACAUGUAUGUCAUGAGCACCAAUUCAAGGAUAAAUAUUUAUUUUACCGUUUCCGCCAAGACGACCAGGGAGUUGGUACUGUACCAUCUCAUAACGACAAGAAAGAAGCUGAAGAAGAAUUGCAGGAUAUCUUGUUGACAUUGGCUCAGAUUGGACCUGACGCUAUGAUGCGAAUGAUUUUACGAAAACUUCCCCAUGAUAGAACCUGUGAAGAUUUGGAGAUUAUCUAUGAAGAACUACUGCACAUUAAAGCACUAUCCCAUUUAUCUACGAUGGUCAAGAAAGAACUAGCCAGUGUUCUUAUCUUUGAAUCUCAUGAAAAAGCUGGCACUGUGUUAUUUAAUCAAGGAGAUGAGGGAAAGUCGUGGUAUAUUAUACUGAAAGGAUCAGUUAAUGUUGUUAUAUAUGGAAAGGGUGUGGUUUGUACAUUACAUGAAGGAGAUGAUUUUGGUAAAUUAGCAUUACUGAAUGAUGCACCAAGAGCAGCUACCAUAGUCCUGAGAGAAGACAACUGUCAUUUCUUACGUGUAGAUAAAGAUGACUUCAACAGAAUAUUAAGGGAUGUAGAAGCCAAUACUGUAAGAUUAAAAGAACAUGGACAGGAUGUAUUGGUAUUGGAGAAAAUACCCACAAACACACCUAAUCCUGAUGGAACAAUUCAGUCACACUUUAAGUACUCUGUCAUGGCUGGUACAGCAGAGAAGAUGUUAGAAUAUUUACUGGAGACCAGACUCGCAGAAAAUAAAAAUGAAGACCCAUCAGAUUUUUUCCUGGAAGAUUUUCUCAGGACUCAUGUGAUAUUUAUGCCAACAAACAAAUUGUGUGCAGCAUUGCUGUCACAUUACCAUGCCAAAUCCUAUGUAAAUUGUGAUGAAGAGAGUGCCUCAUAUGCCCUAACACAAAGACGAUCAGUCAUACAGUUUGUACAUGAGUGGUUUUCAAUAGGACCAUCUGUGUUCAAAGGAGAGAAGACCAUCAAAGCUUUCUUAGAGGAAUUACAGAGUGCAGUAGAGAAGGAUAUAUUGGUUCUCCAGUCAAUGUCACAAGAAUUACAUCUCAUCAAAUCUAUUCUGCAGUAUAUUGCUGACAAAAAAUCUCCAAUAGAAGAUAGGCCUAUUAUAAAAAGAAAAUUCUCACCAUCAAGUGUCUUAGUUACAAAGAAAAGUUCAUCUGUGGACCAAUCAACUUUACCCAAUCUGAGGCAGCCAAUCAAACCAGACGAUGAAAAUAUUUUCAAAGUAUAUUGUGCCGACCACACCUACAGUACAUUACGUGAUACAAUGGACUGUUCUGUACUGCAGAUUGUUGAGCAGGCCAGAGACAAACUUUGUCUUGGUGAAGACCUUGUAUUAUGUGAGGUCAAAUCAUCAGGAGAAAGAGUUGUUUUUAAGAAACAGGAUAUUUGUGUGACCACAAGACUCACUAUAAAUGGAUAUUUAUUCAUAUCACCUAGAGAACACCUUGAUGCUUUGACCCCAUUACCAGAACAAGAAGGACCAACACAUGGUACAGCAAACACAAUAGAACUGAUGAGUACUAAAGAAAUCGCAUAUCACAUGACUUUGUACGACUGGGAAUUAUUCUCUUGUUUACAAGAGUAUGAACUGAUUUACAAAGUAUUUGGAGCUCAUCAGUUUAAAAAGAUCACAGCAAACUUGGAGUUAUUCUUAAGAAGAUUCAAUGAAGUACAGUAUUGGAUCGUCACAGAAAUGUUACUUACAUUGAAUGUCAGUAAAAGAGUACAACUCCUUAGGAAAUUCAUCAAAUUAGCAGCUCAUUGUAAGCAGUAUCAGAAUUUGAAUUCCUUCUUUGCUAUAGUGAUGGGUUUGAGUAAUAUUGCUGUCAGCCGUCUUUCACAAACUUGGGAGAAACUACCAAGCAAGUUCAAGAAAAUGUUUGCAGAUUUUGAAACUUUGAUGGAUCCCUCAAGAAAUCAUCGAGUGUACAGACUAACUGUUGCCAAACUCUCUGCUCCAAUCAUUCCAUUUAUGCCUUUAUUAAUGAAAGAUUUAACCUUCACGCAUGAAGGAAAUAAAACAUAUUUUGAUGGUUUAGUGAACUUUGAAAAAAUGCAUAUGAUUGCUCAAACAAUGAGAACAGUGAAUUUUUGUAGGAGUCAUCCAUUAGAAAUUGAAGCACCUUCUACUGCAAAAUCAUCAUCAGAAGUUGAAGAAUAUAUCAGGAACUUGAAAGUGAUAGACAAUCAGAGACUUUUAACAAAACAUUCAUACAAGUUGGAGCCAAGACGGACAUGACGAAACUUGAUUAUGAUCGAACUAAUGGUGAACUAAUGGUGCCAAACAAUUUUCUACGUUACAUGCAAUACUGCAGGUGUAUUUGAUUAUCAUCUAGCAUUUGUCUUAGACAAUCCUGGUGAUUUUUAUUGGUCAGAAUACCGUCAGCACUACAGAGGCCUGUUUUAAGAUGCAUGCAGAGUUAUGUUCUUUUGAAUAGGUGAUGGAUCGAGUGUUGGAUGGAUGAAUUGUUAUUUUAUGUGAUACUUUAAACUCAUGAAAAUAUCGACAUGUGGGGAUGAUAUGUAUCUGAAGAUCAUUGCUGCAAUUAUAUCUGAAUAUUGUUCUGAAGAUUUAAACUUGUAAGGAAAUUAUUAAUAGAAAAUGUACUAUUGCAUCAAUGGAAAAAUAGAUUCAGCAAUUUAUUUUGAUAAAGAUAUAAUUGACUCUAACUUCUUUAGGUGAACAAAAGAUUAUGAUUAAUAAUACCAAUAAAAAGUACUUUAAAAAAUAUUGAUAACACUUUAGUUUCUUUCAUGUAGCCAUCAAAAUGUUUUUAGAUAGGAAGGUGAUAAACUUUUAAAUUUAAACAAAGAAACUUGUUUUAAAAUCUGUUUUCAAUCAAAAAAAAAAUUAGAAAAUCAAAAAUUGUGUGACUAGGAAGGAUGCAACAAUUAUCAUUCUGUUUUUAUUUAUUUUUUUCAUUUUUAAUACCAUUGUAAUUGAUUGAAAACAAUAAAUUUUCAUAAAAUCGAUUUUUUUUGAUGUUGCUUGAUUUUAGCAGACAUUUAUGUCCACAUGGAAUUUUCAUGUAUUUCUGUAUUUCUGUCAUUUCUUAUUCUUAUUAGGCAGAAUAAUCUAAUUGCAUACUGGUAAUUGCUUUGUCAAAAAGGAAGUUGCUCCUUAUAAUUCUGGAAUCAACCAAAAUUGAAUGAGUUGUGAGUUAUGUAAAUCUAUUGACCUAGGCUACUGUAACAUAUGAAGUUUUUGUGAUUUACUGGAAUUAAUGUUAAUAUCAGAAAUCAACUUGUAAAGAAAGAUAAUUCAUUUUUUAAAUCUUAAGAACUGGUUAUAAUUUAUACAGAAGUACUCUCCCUUUUUCUUGAUGUUUGUAAUACAUAUAGUAUUAUAAGAUACACAUAUUUAUAUAACAAAGACAUAUAAAAUAUGAUACAAAUCUUUUUUUCCCCAAGAAAUAUUGUAAUCUUCUUCAGAAUUGCACAAUCAUUGAUACAACUUAUUUUAAUCGAACAUUUACAGUGCCUUAUGUAUUAAUUAUGUUAUCAACAUUAUUUAUUUAAUCCAUAAGAAUUAUUUAAAAAAAAACUUAUUUAAUGAUGCAUGUGAAAAGGUAUUUUAAGGUUGCUUAUUUACACUUUUGAAUCAAACAUCAUAACCAACUGUGUGUCUGACUGAUAUCAUUACUAAUGAAAAAUAUUUGAAUGAUAAAACAAUUGCAAUAUCUACACUAAAGUACAAAUAUAUCAGUGGAAAAGUUUUACUUUUUUUGCCAUUUCAGAAGCCUGAUAGAUAUGCUCUUGUUUACAAGCAUACAUGUAUUUGAUAUGCAAAAUCAGAAAGGAUAAGACAUAAGUAAGUCCAACUUAGAUCAUCCUCUCCUAAGAUGAAAAAUAGAAUUCCAUAAAAUACAAAUAUUAAAUUUGUCAUUAAAUAAUUCUAUUCAGACAUAUAUUAUUCUAAAAGAUAUAUUACCAAACAAUAAAAAAAUAGGAGUAAAGGAAGAGAAAAAGAAUGUGUAUCUGCCAUAAUCUGUGUAUGUGUGUAUGGACCAUUACAUUUAGAUUAUACAAUUAUUCUUUUUAAUAUAGUCAAAACAUUGUUAAACAUUUCAUCAUUUUGUUCAUUUGUCAGAUUUAUACUACCAUUUUUAAUUAUCCCCAGAUCUCUUGUAGCUCUUGUCAUACCAAUCCUCUUAAUAGUUUCAAUAAUUAUACUCUAUUGUUUCUUCAACAAAUUAGGGCCUGAAUGGCUGUGCAGUCUAUGAAGUUAAACUACUGUAAGAUAAGCCUGUAAACACUGAGGUUGUGAGUUAAAAUCCUGUAGGGCUGGUCCACUCCACUCCAGUGUUAAUGGACUAGGACUAGGACUGUAAACACUGAGGUUGUGAGAAAUUGCAUAUGAAUUCUUAGACAAACCAGUUUCAUAUUUAUAAUAACAAGGGGGUGAAGCUAGAUUGUUAUUUGGUUUAAGGAUUUUUGUGUACUCUAGUGCAAUAUUAUAACACAGUGGAUCAAUAUGAUAAGGUCUGCUAAAUUAAUCAAGCAACCUCUCCACAAGAAUCUGUUUAUUUUCUUUAUCAGGGAUAGUGGUUUGUGUAUUAUUUUUAUGAUGGUUUGCUUUAUGAUAAAAGAAGACAUUACAAUUGGUCAUGAGGAUAAUUGCUUGAUAAAUGGGAGAUAGUGAUAGAAAAAAAAUAUGCAAUAUUAAGAAUUAUUUAUUUUGUUUUGCCAGAGUUUUGAGACUUGAUUUUAAAGUAUUAGUCAGAAUUACACUUAGUAGAUAAGUUUCAGUAAAGUUUUCCAAAUUAGAAAUAUUUUUCAAAAGUAUUGCUGUACAACAUGUUUUCUGUAUAUCCUAGUUUUAUUAUUGCAUCUCUUCAUUAGUGAUUUACAACAAAUGAGAAAUUUUAUUUUAGUUUUGUUUUAAUAUGUGUUAUACUAACAUCAACAAAAAAGUAUUAUGACCAUAUCUGAUGUUCUAUAUCUUGUUUGUUGAUAUUUAAUGUUUUAGAGAUUAGUAUAUUUUAUGUUAAUUUUAUUGGAGGAUUACACAAAAUCCUAAAGUAGCAGCCAACAGUUGGUCAGUUACUGACUAGCUGAAUGAAUAUUGAUGGCAAUGUAGAUAUACUAGUUUCAAUAGUUCCAGUCGUUUAUAGGUUUCAAAGUUAAGAUGUUACUUUGAGUAAGUUGAUGUUAACAUUUCACAUUACAUACACCUUCAUGAAGAUUAUUUGUUUUAUUGAACACCUUGUCAGUUUGUUUUUUUUGUUUUUUGAACUAUUUUAAUGAGUGGUUUGGGAUGGGCAAUAGCAUGGGUGAUAGGGUUAGAAAACAUUUUAACAAAGGAAUUCAAAAUUCUAUUCAUGAUUUGGAUCUGUAAAAAAAUACAUUAUUAUGUUAGUUAGGUACUUUUCUGUAUGCCAGAUUAUUUAAGUAUAGUUGCAUAAAAAAAUAUUGCAUGAUAAUGUACAAUGAAAAUGCCUACAGCUAUUUAAUAUCAGUUGGAGUUUGAACACCCUUCUUUAUUUUAAGAAUCAAUGCUUUUGAUUUGGGACAUAUUGUUGGAGCCUCCCUUUUAUCCCUGGAUCUGACACUUUUUAUUCAUACAAAUUAUCAAAAUCAGUGUGUUAUCUUGUGUAACAAAUGUAUACCUUGUUGCUUGAUCCUUAGCUUGUGUUGAACUUGAAAAAUGGAAAGAAUUUAUACUUACCAGUAUAUAUAACUUUAAAUUAUCAUGAUUAUUAUUAGUUUAUUCUUUUUAUGGGUUCUUAAAAAGCUUAUUUUAUAUUGAAGAUGAAAUUUGACUUGUUUUCUUGUACAUCAUACUUUUGUUCAUAAUACCAUUUAUUGUUAAAAAGGUUGUUAAUUGUAUAAAUGAUCCUUGUUACAUAUCUCUAUUUAUUUGUAAUAAAACACAAUUGUUGAUCAAAAUAAAAGUAAUUCAUGUA